GACGUGGACCAGUCUACAAUACCAGCCACGGUGACAAAAACAUGGCGAACGCUAGCCAAGCAACUGUAAAUAUAUCUGGACUGUUUGCCGAAUUAAACCGUUUAGGCAAGAACCAGGAACAUGAGAGAGCUCUCCGUACAGUGAACAAAAUCUUGAAAGAAGUUCCUGAUGAUGGCAAAGCUUUUCACUGUAAGGUGGUCUGCCUUAUUCAACUAUCAAGGUUUGACGAAGCAUUAAAACUGAUAUACAAAACGCCACAACUGUCUAGUGAGCUGAUAUUUGAGAAGGCUUAUUGUCAGUAUCGGCUGAAUCAAGUGCAAGAGUCAUUAACCACACUGAGGAAUGUCACAAAUCCAAGUGACAAGAUCAAAGAACUUCUAGGACAAGUCUUGUAUCGAUUGGAAAAGUCGGCUGAGUGUUUUGAUGUUUACAGAGAUCUGGUGAAGAAUCUAACAGAUGACUACGAAGAGGAAAGAGAAACUAAUCUAGCAGCUGUACUCGCUGCCCUCAGCGCCCAGAACAAUCCUAAAGCUGACCAGUAUGGACUGCGAGAGGAGACGUAUGAGCUGUCGUACAACUCUGCGUGUUACCUGCUGGGGAAGAAAGAUUUCGCUGCUGCCGAAGAGAAGCUGAGACGCGCUGAGAGUCUAUGCAGGAAGGGAUUCGAAGGGGACGAAGAUGCUACGGAAGAGGAAAUUGAUGCUGAACUUGAAAUUAUCAGAGUUCAGCUAGGCUAUGUGCUGCAGAUGCAGGGAAAACCAGAGCAAGCCCUAAAGCUGUACAACCAGGUGCUAAAGCAGAAACCGUCGGAUGUGGGAGUAGCAGCUGUUGCUUUCAACAACAUCGUAGUCUUUAACAAGGACCAGAAUCUGUUCGACUCGAAAAAGAAGAUGCGUGCUGCGACUUCGGACAAUCUGAAGUACAAGCUGAACUCUGCCCAGCAGCGAGCCAUUGCCUUCAACCAAUGUCUGCUAUACAUGCACAGCAACCAGAGCGAGCAGUGCCGGAAGUCGAGCAAUCGUCUGCAGGCGGAGCAGCCGGCGUCAGACAUCCCGCAUCUCAUCCUCGUCGCGCAGCUCUGCAAGGAGAAACAAGUGAACAAGGCUAUUCAGUACCUCCAGAACUACGUGACGAAGAGCGAGAGCAGCUCCAGAAGUCUUCAGCUGACGUUGGCGCAGCUUCACCUGCAGCUGGGCAAUCUGGGUCAGGCGUGCGAGUUGCUGCAAUCGCUGGGAGAAAUCAGUCACAAGCCAGGCGUGGUUUCCGCUCUUGUGGCUCUGUAUAGCAGCUUAGAGAAUACAGAAGCUGCUUCAGAAGUAUUGAUGAAUGCUGUCAAGUGGUACAAAGAACACGAUCCCACCUCACCAGACCUUGGCGUCAUAAUCAGAGAGAGCGCACAGUUUCACCUGCGACAUGGCAAAUCCGACAUUGCCGUGAAAAUGCUAGAGCAAGUGCGAAGGUGCAACUAAGUACAUGAAGAAGCUUGCAGCCAAGCAAGAGAUGACGCCUGGCAGUCCUAGCCAACAGGAGGAGCUCCUUAAGAAGAGAAGAAAGAAAAAGAGAAGAGGGAAACUUCCAAAGAACUAUGACACCACUUCCGACCCAGACCCCGAACGCUGGCUGCCAAAGCGAGAGCGCUCCAACUACAAGGGACGGAGGAAAGACAAGCGAAAGGAUAUCGGGAAGGGCCCGCAGGGGGCGGUGGGCGGCAGUCAGGAGCUGGACGCAAGCAAAGCCUCUCCGUCCACCUCAGCAGCGGCGAGUCCUCAUCCGACCCCGUCGCCUGCGACCGCACCACAGGGACCACGGCAGAAUCGACCCCAAUCACAGCAACUUAAGAAAAAGAAAAAGGGGAAAGGAAAUAAGUGGUAAAAUUGUGUACUUGUUUGUUUUAGCUUGCAUGAGUAAAAUACUGCUGAAAAAUAUCCUAGUGAACAUAUGGGCUCAUGCAAUCUGGUAGCAUUGUAUUAGGACGUGUUUAAGCACAAUAUUUCUCACUUUUUCUCUCGGCAUCUGUUGUUAUUGCUUAAACAUCCUUUCCCGUCUCUCUAGCUCUAUCUGAACAUUAAACUUUACCUGAAAUUUUUUUGGAAGAUAAAAUUUGGCAAAUUCUAGCGUGGGGAAAUUACCUUGUCCAUGUUCAUUAACCUCGUAACCUCGUAAGAAAUAUUCUUCAAUGUUGAAGGGACUAUAUCGAAGAUGGAAAUAGACGACGUUAAUCGAAUCAAUAGACAAAGUUGAUAAAUUCGCUAGACAAAGCUAAUCAAAUUGAGUAAGUAGUAAUUUGGCAAUAAUCACAUGAAAUAUAUUUGCUUCUGGCUCCGACUGGUGAACGUUGAUGGUGAAUUUUUAUUCAUUAAACAGUAACGAUUCUUAUA